AUGGUGUUCUCCAACCUCCCACCGACCGAGAAAGACGCCUUCUUCUCUCUCCUCGACGAAUACUUCUCUUCGCGCCCUGCGCUGCUGAGCUCCCCAGCGUCGGGGCCGGCAGCAGCAGCAGCCGCCUCGGCCGUGCACAGCGCGUUCACGAACAGCAGCCCCUCGUCCACGACCUCGUCCAUCGCAUCCAAAUUCUCAGCGCCGUCGCAUGCCGCCGUCGGUGCCCUCGGCGGCCGCGUCGCAGCUGCGUCCCGCGCGUUCAGCAGCGCUCCUUACGACCCCGCUCCCACCCCCGCCGCCCCACCGCCAGCGAUGCCGCCGCGCCGCGGUCGAAAAUUCGGCGACGUCGAUACGACGUCCGGCAAGGCGAUGUUCCUCUCCAUCAAGAACGGCACCGCGAACAAAUCGAAGGUCCCGCCCCCCGUCGCGCCGCCCAUCCCCGCCGCCUUUGCGAAAAAGAGCGGGUUCGCCCCGCCGCCGAGGCGCGUAGUGUCGGCCGCGCCUUCAACCCCAGACCCUGAGCCGGAGCCGGAGCCAGAACCAGAACCAGAACCAGAGCCCCAGGAGGAAGAGCAACACGGCGCUUGGGCCGAGGCGCUGUACGACUACGAGAGCGAGGAGGCCGACGAUCUGCAGAUCCGCGCGGGCCAGCGCGUGCUGGUCACCGACGCCAAGACUUCGCCCGACUGGUGGACGGGCAUGGUCGGCGGCAAGAGCGGCCUCUUCCCCGCGUCGUACGUCAAGAUGCUGUAG